CACUAGCUGUACACAUGCGCACGGAGGUUUAUCGUCUCCUAGCAACCACAAGAGCGACAAUAGCAACGCUAACAUGGCCAAAGCAACCACUAUUAAAGAAGCAUUGGCCAAAUGGGAGGAAAAAACAGGGGAGAAGGCAGCAGAAGCCAAAGAAGUAAAACUGUACGCACAGAUACCUCCAAUUGAAAAGAUGGAUGCAUCCUUAUCUACGCUGGUCAAUUGCGAGAAGUUGUCUCUUUCCACUAACUGCAUUGAAAAAAUUGCAAAUUUAAAUGGAUUAAAAAACCUCAGGAUCCUGUCUUUAGGGAGGAAUAAUAUUAAGAAUUUGAAUGGUUUGGAAGCUGUUGGCGAAACGUUAGAAGAAUUAUGGAUCUCAUAUAAUUACAUAGAGAAGUUAAAGGGGAUCAACGUUAUGAAAAAGCUCAGGGUUCUGUAUAUGUCCAACAAUGCUGUCAAAGAGUGGGCUGAGUUUGCAAAGCUGGCAGAGCUGCCAUGUCUCGAGGACCUUGUAUUUAUGGGAAAUCCUCUAGAGGAGAAGCAUAUGGCUGAGGGCAACUGGAUGGAAGAGGCAACAAGACGUCUUCCAAAACUGAAGAAACUUGAUGGAAACCCAGUCAUUAAGCAGGAGGAUGAGGAGGGGGAAGGCGAUGCAUAAUAUUUUUGUAUCAUCUUAUAAUUUUAAAUUAUUUAAGCAACUGUAAGAAAUUCUCUUUUUAUAACUAUUCCUUGUACAUAUGAAAA